AUGCAAACAGAAAAUUGCUGUGUCAGUCGACCCCCAAGUCUCAACCCAUCUCGACCCCCAUCUCGACCCCCAACUCGACCCCAUCUCGACCCAUCUCGACCUCCACCUCGACCCCCAUCUCGACCCCAACUCGACCCUCGACCCCAUCUCGACCCCCACCCCAACUCGACCCCUAACUCGACCCCAUCUCGACCCCAACUCUACCCCAACUCGACCCCCAACUCGACCCUACACGACCCCCAACUCGACCCAUCUCGACCCCAUUUCGACCCCAUCUCGACCCCCAACACGACCCCCAACACGACCCCGACCCCAACUCAACCCCAACUCGACCCCAACUCAACCCCCAUCUCGACCCCCAACUCGACCCCAUCUCGACCCCCAACUCGACCUCUAGCUCGACCCCCAACACGACCCCCAUCUCGACCCCCAACCCCUAACUCGACCCUAACUCGACCCCUCUCGACCCCUAACUCGACCCCUAACUCGACCUCCACCUCGAACCCCAACGCGACCUUCACGACCCCCAACCGACCCCUAACUCGACCCCAACUCGACCCCCAACUCAACCCCCAACUCGACCCCCAACACGACCCCCAACUCGACCCUCCAACUCGACCCCCAACUCGACCCCAUCUCGACCUCGACCUCCACCACGACCCGCAACUCGACCCCCCAACUCGACCCCCCUCUUUUCCUCCUGGUUGCCCCACUUGUAACACUAACGGCGCUCUUGUGCAAUCAUCCCCUGCAACGCCCCUGCAGCACGAGUGUUUACCCGCCCUCUGGAAACACUCGUCAUAA